AGUGAAAGAAAGAUGGCGGCUGGACCCGGAGCGGCCAGCAGUGGUCACAGCGGUGGCCGCGGCUCAUCGGCCGCUUUGGAAUCAUCGCUGGACCGCCGUUUUCAAGGAGUCACCAACACGAUGGAGUCCAUACAGGGAUUAUCCUCGUGGUGCAUCGAGAAUAAGAAACAUCACAGUCUCAUCGUGCGCUACUGGAUGAAGUGGCUGAAGAAAUCGGAUGCCAAUCACAGGCUCAAUCUCUUCUACCUCGCUAAUGAUGUCAUUCAGAACUGCAAAAGGAGAAACGCUAUUAUAUACCGAACCUCCUUCGCUGACGUGCUACCAGAUGCCGCCCUGUUGGUCAAAGAUGCUAAAGUGUGGAAGUCAGUGGACAGGAUCUUCAGUAUUUGGCAGGAGAGGAAUGUUUAUCCUGAGGAGCUGAUCUCUGAGCUGAAGGCCAACCUGCAGAAGAAAGAAAAGGAGAAAGAGAAAGAAAAGUCAAAAGAGAAAGAAAAGGCAAAAGAGAAAGAACAGCCCCCUCCUGUUAAAACUGAAGUAGAUGUUCUUUUUGCAGCCUCAGUCAACCCCAAAACUGCCCUGAAGUCUAAAAUUGUUGCAGAGUUUGUGCCACAUGAUUUUAUGGAGCGACUGUUGUCGUAUAAGCGCUCUUUGGAGGAGAGUGAUUUGAGAGAGAAACAGUUAGCCGCACUAAGAGUGGAUGUUUGCAGCACUGAAGCCCUCAAGAGAUUGAAAGAUAAAGCAGGAGGAAAUAAGUUCUCCAAGGACUUUGAAGAGGGAAGUACAAAACUGCAGGAGUUUGUGACAUUUCUGGAGGGCCAGAUGAAGGCAGGGCCCCCACUGCUGGAGGUGCUGGGAAACGCAGACAUCUUUUACGAGAUGCAAUACAAAGAGGUCAAAAUUGUAGUCAAUGCUUAUAAGGCUUUCGCCAACCGUGUCAGCAGCCUGAAGCGUAAACUGGACGCUCUUAAGGCCACACUGCCCAGGCUGGAUGAUUCUUCAGUCCCAUCCCCCUCUGAGGACGCCCCAUCCCCCACCGGCUCAGAGUCACCCUUCCAUGCCAUGGGCUCCAGGAGCGGCGUGAGUACCGGGGAAGGAGGGUUGGAGCUGCAGAGAGACAAUAGAGAUAUUGAGGACAUGGACAUGUCUGAGGAAGAGGAUGCAGCAGCAAACAUUGCAGAUACUGACGAGAGGAAAGAGAAGUCAUCCCUUCCGUCUGUGUCCAAGACAUCAAAUGCUGCAGCUACAAAAAGCUCCCAGAUCUCUGUUUCGAAACUAUUCCAGACUUUAGCAACUCCCACAAAGACAGUAUCUGGGUCGGCAACCAAUCAGAUACCACCUGCUAACACCACACCCAUCAUUAACACACCUGGACCUGCCCUGGUCGUCAGCCCCUCCCCCCUGCAGGUAAACCUGGCUAAUGUGGAUUUGGGCAAGAUCAGCUCCAUUCUCAGUUCUCUCUCCAAUGCAAUGAAGACCACAGGUGUCAGUCCUGUGUCCCGUCCUUCCCCUGGCACACCCACUACACCAUCUAGCCACGUCUCAUCUUCCAAAGCCCCACCUUCAACCCCUGGCAGCAUUGCCUCAUCCAGUUCUCUGGCCAGCAUCCUAUCUAAAGUGGAUAUCUCCCCUGGGAGCAUCCUGAAUGUUCUCACUAAAACACAGACUCACACCCCUAACCUGCAGGGAUUGUCUUCUAUCCUUUCCUCAGCUCGUUCAGGCUCUGUUAACACCCCAGACACCGUUUCCUCUUCAUCAGCAACUUCUUCCUCUACAGCUGUUGCCCCAGCAGUAACCUCUUCUGCAACUACCCCAACAACCCCCAAGACCCAGAAGCCCACAGCUAACAAUUUGAAGCAAGAAUCCGAUCGAGAGAAAGGGAGAGAUAGGGAGAAGGUGAAGGAGAUAGAAAAAGAGAGAGACCGAGAAAGGGAAGAUCGAGAGAAGGAGAGCGAGAAAGAGGCAGGAGCCUCUAAUGCAGCACUGCCUAGCUUGGAGUCAAAGAUCAACAGUUUCCUUCAGGGCAAUCCUGGUUUCAGUGCUCUCGGAUUUGGUCUGGAUGACAUGGACAGCAAUAGCCCCCCCCUCGUCAGAGAAGACAACCUGGACAGUACACCUGUCCGAGAUGAGAGCGGUAGCACGCCCACCCAAGAUGAAAUCAUGGACACACCUCAGGUCGUCAAUGACCCCCAUAGCACAGGUUCGCCUGGAGGUCCUAACCUUUCACCUACGGCCUACCACAGUGAACUUUGGGAUGCCGUGAUCACUCCACAUGAGGUUCUUGGAGAGAACGAACGGAAAGACAGGGAUUACCGCACACCACAAUCCUCAAGACUGGCUGUCUUCAGCCCAAAAGCUACUAAAUCAGUAAAGGCAAUGACCAAAACCAAAGAGGAAGAAGGGCUUAAGAGAAAAGUAGUGGGUUUGAACGUUCCAUUAGCUUCUACGUCGCAAAAUCAGACCGUAAAAGCCAAGAUGGAAGGACCAGGUGGGAAGAGUGCAGCCUCCCGCAAACCAAUUGGUGAAGAUGUGAUGAAGGACAAUGAGAGGACUGCUUCUGCUGACAACGGAGAGCACUACCAUCGCAUUGAGACUCUUGUUUCUUCGGCCUGCAAUGAGGGAGCACCAAUCGAAACCCUUGAUUACGGCAAUCGCAUCCAGACAGUGGAAAGCAUCCGUGUGAUUGGAAGAGGCUUGAGGAGAGGGAGCAGUGCCGGUUCUAGAGUGGGUGGGGCCUGGUAUGAAGAGGAGGAGUUUAUGGAAGCCCCAUCUACACCUCUUCCUGUCAGCCAUGGCCCUGAUGAUUCUGAGGAGUUGGGACUGGCCCCUCCUCUUCCUUCUCCUCCUGUUCCUGCUCAUCUUCCACCCCUAUUGCAGUACCCACCUCCACCCUACGCUAACGAGAACCCCACCCGACCUUCUCAUGCCAUUCCUCAGCACCAUCCUCCCCCUCCAUUCUUCACCCCCCCUUCCCUUCCUCCUGUCCCACCACCACUUCCACCCAUGCCUCAAGCCCCGCCACCUCCCCGAGACUUCCCUCUUUCCCCAACUUCCACCGUUAUGGUUGGUGGCAUCCUUGUACCCAUAGACCGUAUCCUACCUUACCCACCUGCCAAUCUCCGUCCAGACGGAGUAGGGCUUGGGCUUGUAAAUGGUGGUAGCGCCUCUCAAAGAGGCAGUAAACCCCAACUCCCUUCCUUGCUGGGAGAACCCCCUCGCGCAGGCACGUUGAAAGAGCAGUUCACCCUUCUCCAUGCCCCACCUUUUCAUCGUCCUGGCACCCCUGGAAUGCCCCCACCACUUUUGGGCAGAGUUAGAGAGGGACCCAGCCCCACCCCACCAUCACCAUCACCCGCCACCCCAUCCACACCUUCUCCAUCUCCCUUAGGAGAACCCUGUCCUUUCCUGUCUAUCCCCAACCGCCCACCCAUUAACAACCCAAAUCAGAGAGCCCGUCGCCCUUCAUCUCCUCAGUCCCUCCCCCACUUAUCAAACAAGCAUCAAUCGCUCCAUUCCCCUCAGUUCACCAGAGGGUCCCUGCCCCUAUCACCACCCUCUCUUAACCGUGAGCACCUCCUGGCUGGGGCAAAGCGCCCUGCUGCCAGUUUUAGCGGUGGCUCUUUUAACCCACCCAAAAGGCCGUUCUUGCCCCCUCGUUAUUAGCAUCUUUAAUGAGUGCUGAACAUGCUUUACACAACCUGAUAUAGAACAGGCAGUGUAGUAAAAGCUAGCAUCACCUGCAAAUUGCAGCGUGAGACUUAAACUGCAUGUAAAUACACAUGCACCAACACACACCCUGCCCAAGAGCAGCCACAUGUUACUGCAUUUUUCUUCUUAGACAAAGAGAAGGUUUCAAAUAACCUAGAGAUUAACUAGGAGGAGGAGAAUGUGGAGUUCCUGAAACAACUGUGGAAUAUGAAGGAUAUCAUAAGGUGGUUAUCCUGUUCAGUUCUACGUGGUGUAAUUUGAGAAAAUGAUUGUGGUGUGUUGGAUGUAUGGGUGUGUAUGGUCAAAUAACUUUCCUCUGAUUACUUGUAAAUAGAUAUAUUGACUAUUUCUUUCCUUCCAGUAACUGUUUCUUCACUUUCCCACCCUAUAGCACUUGCUUUUCUUUCAUUUCCAAUGUAAAACACUUGUUUCUGUUGUUGACAGUUUACAGAUUACUGUUUUUCAUCUGUUAACCUUUGUUACUUUCUCAUUGUGAGCAAGAACCAGUGGAUUUCAACUUUUCUUCAUUUAUGAGUGAUUAAAUUAUUAACAUUAUAGUCAUAGACUAAAUGUUGGGCAACCAUGGUGGCUUGUGGCUGUAUAAAACUAAAAUACAGCCCCUUUGUCAACUUUCACCAAGAUGUGAAGAUUUCGGCUCAAACUGCGUACAGUGCAAGCUAACCAAAUGGUGAAGACAUAGCUGCUCAGUAGUUGCCGAGUGCGUUUCAAGAGUUCUCUUGCGUGUUCUCUUUUCUUUUCUUGAGUUUCAGAGUUCUCACAUGUAUUCUGAUUAAUAAAAGCAUUGUGCCGAGAAACGUAAAUGAAAGGAAGGAGACUUUAUUUACAGAUGAUGUCAUACUUUAUUCAAGAACAAAUGUUCCUAAAUAUCUUUAACAACAAUUCUGUUCUCUUCUAAGUCUUAUAACUUGAUGAGGUCCAAUGUGCGCUAACAUACUUAGCUCUGAACAUUAGCAUCGACCGGAAUUUGAGGGAAAAUUCAUUUUGGUUUCAUUAAUUACAUUUUUUCCCCUGUAUUUGAUAUAUUCAGAUAAGGAGUCAGUACGCUGUCUCUUGGAUUUAAUAUGACAAGUUUAAACCUUUAUCGUGUACAAAUGUUUGAAAUGUGUGAAUUUGUGAGUUGCACUUUCAGAUUGUGAUGUCACACUUUUGGAAUGUUUGCAAACUAAAGCAAAUAGUACUUCCUUUCUUAACAAAAUACAUACGCUGCUUGUUAAAAUCUUAUUUCACAAUCUUAAUGUGAAUAAUAUAACCUGUACAUUGUUGUAGUACUCAUGCUUUGUGUAAGAAAGUACUAGAAAAUAUGUUUGCUCUUUCCAUGAAGUGCAGAAAUGUUGAAUAUUUGUGGAGCGUGGUAUGGUGUCGUCUUUUGUACAACAUUUGCAUUCACUUCAGAGGGUUCCUCACAAAGAGGCUAUCAGAGAACCUACACACGUAUUUUACUAUGUUUGUAAAGGUAGCUUGCACACAUAUACCUAAUGUGUUAUGUUCAAAUGAACAACUUAUUACAUUGUCAAUGCACCACAUAUUAAUUGCUAAAUCCUGCUGUCAAAAUGUCACUCUGUCAUCUCGCCAAAGGAAGAGAUUGCUGUCUGGGUGGAUUAGUUAAACUAAUAUAGUAUUAUCAGAAAACAAUGGCAAAACCCUUAAGGACAUUAUGCUGAAAUAGAAUGACAGACUGUUCUUUUUAGGUUCUACAACAACCUUUAAACUCACAAAACAGAGAUGCCAUUAUGAUUUAGAAAGUAAUCCUUGACUCAACUCAUGAUUUUAACCUCUUGACCUUUAGUAAAUACAGAGUUUGUUCUAUUGGUAACUGCAGACUAGAGUUUUAUAGUCAAACAGUAG